GUCAGCCGCAAAAUUUAAUUUUUUUUGUGCAUAUGAAGUCUUAAAAAUAAUUAAAAUAAGUUGUAAUACGUUAGCUCUUCAACAACGAUGAUACAUUUAAGAGACCAAUAUUUGUAAUCGUAAUUUUACAAUUGAUAAAGAUUGUAGUGUUGCAAAAUAUUAAAAUUAUUUAAUGAACAAAAAUUAGUAUAAAAGAUUCAUUGCGCGCAUGCAGGCAAGUUGUCAUCUAGUGGCAGGUUAAAACAAGGUAUUUUCUAUAUCAUGGCAGGUUGAACUAUAUGUCUAUUAAUGGAAAGUAUUUGAAGGUAGCAUAUGUAGUUUACUUUUUGCUGUAUAAGGAUCAUAUGUAGUUUUUCAAAGAUGGCUCUAAUUUAAUACUCAACAUUAAACUUCAUGGAUCACUAAAAACUACAGUCUAAAUCCAUACAUAAACAUAAAAUGUUGAUUUGGACAUGCCUGUUAUUAGUACUAGAUUACCGAAUUCAAAGUUUGAUCUAUUGUUUCGAUAAGAAAAAGUUCAGUAAUAUUGUUAACCUUGUGACACAUAUUAAGUUAUGAAUAUCUAUUCUUUUUUUUUUUUGAACAACGAAUAUCUAUUCUAAUAACUGUGUAGUUUAUGUAGUUAUACAUUUUAUUUCUGUAGCAAUUAGCGAGCAUAUUAUGAACCCGACCGUAAAUUCAAUGUCCCCGAGUGUUUUCAAUCUUAUCUGUAUGCAAAAAUUCAUUUCUAUUUUAGUCCAUUCAUCUCCAAAUAGAGUUCGAAAAAAGCUCCUAAUAAUGAAUAGUCUGCCAUUAGUUAAUGCUUUGGUAAAACGAAAACCGAAUCCUGACUAAGAUAUUAUCUACAAUAAAGUUGAAUAACCUAGUGAGAUUCUCCAAUCUUGAUCCCAUAAUUCUGUUGAAAACCCCCGUUAACUGUGAAUACCGCUAUAAUCAUGGCUCAUCAGUUAUCACAUUGGUCAUAAUUCGGGAAUAUCAUCCGACCUAUAAUCUUUUUGCUUACUUAAAUUUCUGUGUUUAACAAAUAUGAGAUAAUAUACUCUUAAGUUAAGCAAUAAGAUAAGCAGAAUGCAUCGAGUCAUAACCGAGAAACGACAAAAUAUGCUUUGUAGACUAAGUUGUAUCGCCCACAAUAAUUAGCUGUUCAUAUCUAAGGGAAUCAAGACUUGGUUACUUAUUAAUUAAUUAGGAAGGUGAUUGCAAUUGGUGUCACAAGUGUUGACUUUGUCCAUUAUUCGUCAUGUUCACUAUAUAUACAUCCCAACUCCUCUCCCUCAUUCCCUCACUUCUUACAAGACUUCCAAGAAACAAAACUAACCAAUCUUCUUAAUUAAGAUUAAACUCUUAAUUAUUACUGUUAAGUUCUAAUAAAAAAAAUUAAAUGGAAGCCAUGGGAGAAUGGAGCAACAACCUCGGAGGAAUGUACACAUAUGCAACCGAAGAGGCCGAUUUCAUGAACCAGCUCCUUACCUCAUACGAUCAUCCUGGCACCGGCUCAUCCUCUGGUACGGCCAGUGCAGACCACCAGGGCUUGUGUUGGAGCCUUGGUUCUCAUCACAACCACCUUACCAUUAUGCCUGAAGCCAGUAGCUUCUGUUUUUCUGGUGAGAGCAGCAGCUACAGCGAAUACUAUGCGGUGGCACCACCCGAGGUUAGAGAGAACAACAAUGGGUCAAUGGACUUUGACAUGGUAGAUGUGACCAUCAACACCAACUCUUACCUUGUUGGUGAGGAGACUAGUGAGUGUGACGUUGAAAAGUACUCAUCUGGAAAGACUCGUUUGCCUUUGGGAGCCGUCUUGGAGACCCAUGAUGACGUGGAGAGCAUGUUGCAGCCCGAGAUCUCUGUGACUACUACUGAUCAUCAGAAGUAUCUCACCGGUUCCAAGAAGAGAUCACGUGCGACAUCCGCUGAUAAAAAUAAGAAAGCAAAAGUGGGUAAGAGGGGCCAAAAGAGCUUAGAGAUGAGUGGCGAUGACAGGAAUGGAGGGGAAGAGGAAGAAGGAGAGAAGGUGAAGAAAAGAAAGACUGGGCCUAUGAUGAGUAGACAGAACUCUAGCAUUACUUUAUGUUCUGAAGACGAAUCACACUGCGCUUCCCAGGACGUUGGAGGAGAAGAUGAAGAAGAUGCCUCCAAGGCCCUAAACCUCAACGGCAAGACCAGGGCUAGUCGUGGUGCUGCCACCGACCCUCAAAGCCUUUACGCAAGGAAAAGAAGAGAAAGGAUUAACGAGAGACUGAGGAUUUUGCAAAAUCUUGUCCCUAAUGGAACAAAGGUAAAAACUUGUUAUGAUUCUUCACAUACAAGAAAUGAUAGUAAAAUUCUGAGCAUAUAUAACUUAUUAAAUACGUAACAGGUCGAUAUCAGUACAAUGCUUGAGGAAGCCGUUCACUACGUCAAAUUUUUACAGCUGCAAAUUAAGGUGCUGAAGGGUUUUAAUUUUAACAUUUUACGUACAUUAUGUAUCAUAUGAUAAUGAUCUAACUUAAAACUAUAAUUAUAUAUAAUUACGCAGUUAUUAAGCUCUGAUGAUAUGUGGAUGUAUGCGCCGAUUGCUUUCAACGGAAUGGACAUUGGCCUCAACUCAUCAAGAUGAUGCGGAACUUCUGGUCAAUUAUAACAAAAUUAAUAUUCUUUUCAUUUUAAACAUUCUCCGCCUUAGGAUGAGUUGGAUUAAAAUUGCUCGUG